UGCCCCCGCCGUUCCCGACUCCCUUCUUCUGAAAGAAUUGGAAGUUUUCACUUCCAUCAUCAAAUGGAAUUUUGCAAACUCCCGCAAUUUCAACAUAGGGUCGGUUCCUAUAUGGGACUUUACUGAAACAAAGCAACCAAGCCCAAUGGCACAUGUGGCAUUGGAAGCGGAGCAUCACCAUCUAUUCGAACAGCUCAAUGCCAAGUUGAAGAAACACUGGAUCAAGUACUGCGAGUACCAUCGCGCAAAGAUUUUCCUGGCAUCCUUGGACACGCGGGAGGAACUGAAGCACCUAUUGGGCCUUUGGCGUGUAUUUCGGGCAGUCGAGGACCUUUUUUUCAAAUUGUCUUAUCCUCCCGAUUCACCGGAUUCACCGGACCGGAUGGCAAACCUGCGCCGCCCGCCAGACCUGCACAGCCCGCCAGACCUGACGAUGCGAUACUUAUUACACCCAGACACCCUUGAAGCCUACGAAAUUGAUGGGCCCGCGUGUCUUGCUGAAAUCGUCCGAUCUUACGAACACCGCCAGCUCCUCCAGUUUGACAGCCUCUAUAGUCCGUUGAAUGAGCGCGAGGGGGAAGUGUUACAGUGGCAGGAUGAUGAAGGCAAUUUACACCUUAAACAGGGCGAGAGGACCUGGGUACGCCUGCGUACGCCGGCACUGGUGAGGGAGUUGAGGGGCAAACAUUGAUGAUCGAAGUUCGGGAAAUAUAUCGGCAUUGUCUGACCGUCGGCAGUUUUCUCGGG